AUGUCUCGAAAAGUCGUUUCAUAUCUCAAUGCUUGGUUGUUCGCCACUGGCAUUGGACUCUUUCUCGAAAUUGGGCGGGGAGAAACCAUCUCCUGCAAGCCUGCAUUAGGCGACCUGGAAUGGCCCAGCCAGGACAAGUGGGCAGCACUCAACGCCUCAGUAGGUGGGCGCCUGAUUCAGUCGGUCCCAUUGGCGACUGUAUGCCACGGCAAAGAAUACCGCGAAAAAAGCUGCAAGCAACUGCAGGAAUCUUGGAUCUAUGCAGCGCCACACAUCGAGGACCCUUCGUCAAUCUAUUCGCCAUUCUGGCUUAACAACAGCUGCAGCCCAUUUACUAGCAAAAAUGCUAGUUGUACAUUGGGCAACUUGGUCACGUACACCAUCAAUGUUUCUUCAGCUGCAGACGUGAUCAAAGGUCUACAGUUUGCGAAGGAAACUGGAGUGCGGCUUGUUGUGAAGAACACCGGUCAUGACUUUCUUGGACGGUCGACUGGCAGAUAUGGACUCGGACUGUGGAUGCACCAUCUCAAAAACGUUUCGUUUCUUGACUAUGACGGACCUGAACACCAGGGAAUGGCUGUCCGAAUAGGUGCCGGAGUCGAGGCCCAGGAAUUGAAUACUGCUUGCAGUGCGCAAGGCGUCAGAACGGUCACUGGCUGGUGCCCCAGUGUGGGGAUUGCCGGAGGUUACACCCAAGGAGGUGGUCAUGGGCCACUGGCAAGUGCCUAUGGCCUCGCCGCAGAUAACACACUUGCAUUCGAAGUCGUGACAGCAAGAGGUGAGCAUAUCAUCGCAAGCAGGUCAGACCACGCUGAACUAUACUGGGCGCUCAGCGGGGGCGGUGCCGGCACAUAUGCUGUCGUGAUCUCGCAAAUAAGCAAGGUCCAUCCGGAUGGUCUAAUUGGUGGCGCGUCCCUUACGCUGGUGCAUAAUGGUUCGAGCGUGUUCUGGGAGGAGAUACUACCAAAGUGGCAGCUGCUGCUACUUGAACUCGAGCAGCUGGAGGGAUUCUCCAGUGGGUUUACAGCCACGCAUACGACUUUCGAUAUUGCGUUCAUUACAUGGCCUGGACAUACAGGCGAUGAAAUCUCGAAGCAAGUGUCACCAUUUCUGAGACUUUUGGAUUUCAAGGGGCUUCCCUACGGCUAUACGAGCUCUACAAAACAAAGCUAUGUCGACCAUUUUGCAAAUUACAGCCCACCCGACUAUCCAGAUUUUGGUGUUGUGGGAGGACGUUUGAUACCACGAACCACUAUCAGGAAUAAUAGUGUCGGUAUCGCGUUAGCGAUACGCAACAUCACAUCGGAUAGCGAUUUCACGGCAGUUGGGGGGCAGGUCAAUGUCUCGCACGCAGCAGUUGGUAAUCAACCAGGCGAAAAUGCAAUUAUACCAGCGUGGCGGGAGAGUUUGUAUACCUUGAACAUUGUGGGAUCUUGGAAUCCCACCGGUUCCAUCGAAUCACUGCAAUCUCUGCAGUCUACCAUGAAUACAAAUGUUGUCCAGGUGCUUCGGCCGCUCACACCGGGGAGUGGGUCUUAUUCGAACGAGGCAACUUUUGACCUCCCGACUUGGAAGGAAGAUUUUUUUGGGGAGAAUUUUGAGAGGCUCUUGAAGAUCAAGAACAGAUACGAUCCGGAUGGUGUACUCUACGGACCUGCUACAGUGGGAAGUGAUAAGUGGAAAGUUGCACAAGAUGGGCGGUUGUGUCAGACCAUGAAUGAAUCAAAAUAA